CAAGGCGGUGUUUCUGGUGAGUCUGUUGAUUCUGGGCUGGGGCGAAAGCCAGGUUGCCCAGGGUUUGGGAGGAGGGAGGGUCGAGCACACGCAGAUCCAAAGAUGAUCGGAGACAGGAUUGUCCUCAGCGAUUCCACCCCGAUGACUGGAAACUGCCUGCCUGCAGACGCAUGGGGGCCAUGGAGCAGAGGAAGGGCUGGAUGCAUGAAGGAGGCGGGGUGCGGGGAGCGAGGGACCCGCAGACUCCAGGGCCACAGAUGCGUGGACCUAUUGGAGACCCUCAGGUUGUCUCCCCACCCCACGCAGAGAGGAAUGCACAGCUGAAGAGAGAGGUGGGCAGCAGUCCCGGUCACCUGCCAGGUGACCACAUGGCCAGGUGCCGCCACCACUCGGGUUACAUGGCCGACGACGAGGCCAGCCACUCCAUGUGCAGUGCACGGGUGCAGCUGCCCAAGAAGCCACUGGUCCCAGAAAUGGGGCCAGCCUGCAGGCCGGGCCAUGUGCGACACCCACCAUCCACAUGUGGCAGCUCAGCACUCCAGGGCCAACGCCGAAACAAGAGGCACACUCAGCCCUUUGGCCACUUUCUGGAUUUCUUAACUGAGAACCAGGUCCUGGACAGCCUGGAGGCAGUGGUGGAGAAGGCGACUGAGCGCAUGGCUGCCAUGAAGACGGAGGCUGGGGUGCCACUUGUGGAGGUGCAGGACCCAGUGGAGGUGCCAAGUGGUAGACGGCGGGCACAUGCCCGGCCCAGCCUCAGCACCGUACACCGGCACCGUGUACGGCCGACCCUCUGCACUGGACACCCCAACAACUACCCAUCCAGCUCCAGCUCCAUGUCCAACAGCCAUAGCAGCCUCAUGGCCGGCUGGCUGGGCUCCCACAGCCGGGACAGUGACCUAGGUGCCCAAGGCUUAGGCUCAUUGCCACCUGUGAGGGACAAACUCCUGCUGGAGAAGAACCUCAAGCGGCUGCUACAGCUGGAGAAGAAAGGGAAAGGCCUCAGUCAGUCCUGCUCCCAGAGGGACUCCCUGCUGUGGGAUUCGCUGGGUAGCCAGACCAGCUUUCAGUGGACCCAGGAGCAGCCCUUGUCCUGGUUCUCAGGGCUGCUGGGCUCAAGCUCUGGCGUGCCUGAAGCAUCAGAGCCGAGGCCUGGAGAACAGGAGCCAGUCUUCUGCAAGCGAGAGUUCAAUAAGGAGAUCAAGUCGUUGCUGAGCCAGCUGGAGUCCCUCGACCUGCCUGGCUACUGUCCGCUCCGUGAGCCCCAUCGCACUCUGAACUUCCUGGCUGACCACCGCCUCUUCCCCGCCCUGCAAAACGUGGUCAGCCAGGCUGUGGAUAAGCUCCGUGGCGCCCGCUGCCACGACGGCCGUCCUCUGUUCCCCACCAGCUUGAAGCCCACCUCAGAGCUGCAGGUUGACCGCAAUCUGCCACCUCUGGGCUCUGAGCCGGCUAAACCCACCAAUGGCGGGCAGCCCCACGCUUCCCCCAGCUCCACAGUCUCCAGCCCCAAGACGUUUCAGAGAAAAUUCAAGGACAGAGGAGGCUCCCCCUCCAUGUCUAGUGCCCAGGUGGCCACCAGAUUCAAGCUCAAGAACCCCCGCAGCAGCAGCAGAUUCACGAAGAAGAAGCCACUGCCCUCCAUCUCAUCGAAGUCCAGCAUGUCUCACUUCUCCAACCGCCUUUAUGAGGAGCUCACCGACUUCCUGACCCAGCAGGCAGCCUCCUUGGUCAUCUGCAAGUACGAGUUCGAAAAGGACCUCAAUAAGCAGCUGGGCUUCUUCUCCUUCCCCGUCACCCACGUGCUCAGGGACCUUUCCCUGGGCUUAAAGAAGGUGAAAGGCUCCCGCAUCCACCUGUCCUCAGAGACCCACCGGAGCUGCCUGCUGCGUAAACUGGAGGAGGCCAAAACGGCCCGGCAGGCCUCCCGGCUCAGCACCUCCCACCACAGCACAGAGACACCCUCUGUGCAGCAGGAACCGGCCACCCACACUGCCCAGGACCAGGCCACAGAGCCCUGCUGCUCCCUGUACACCAACUUGCCAGCCAGCUGGCAGCUCAGCCCUUUGGAUCCGAAGCUCUCAGUGUCUGCCCGCACCGGCAUAGGCUCCAGUCCCCCCAAGUUCAAGGACAUGGACAAUGAGGGCCGUGAUAAAGCUGAGAUUGAAGAUGAUGAGGAUGAGUUCAAGGAUGAGGACCAGGAUGAGGACAAGGAUGAGGAUGGAAUCCAGAGCCUCCCAGAGCCUGGAGAGGAGGCCUCGGUCAGCCACUCCAUGGAUGUGGGCCACAGUGACCCACCAUGAAGUCCCCACUAGCCACUCAAUUCCCUGCUCUGUCAGAGUUGCUGCCCAUCACACCAGCCCCUGCCAUGAGCAGGAGUCACCACAGGCUGAAUGCCCAUGAGGAGCUCUGCUGAGACUCUCAGGGGAGCCAGUGAAAUAGAAAUAAAGCCUGUGUUGCUGGGA